CUAUUUUGUUGUCCCCCACAGCUAGAAAAGUUUCGUAACCACAACUCGCAGUGGCUAUGUAUGGUAGAGUCGCAGCAGGAACGGGAUAACGAGCAAGACUACGUAGAUAAUAAUGAUAAUGAUAAUGAUUUAAACACGUUUAUACGAUCUGAGUUCUUAGACAAUUGCGAUAUAUACAACAACUCGAACAUUAACGAGCCUGACAAUGACAGUAACAGCUACAAUAGCAACAACCCAGAAAGCCCAGCUAUAUCCUCUUAUAGCAAGUCUGUAAGCACGUAUCGGCGCAGCCAGGAUCUUGAUGGAAUGUAUAAUAUGACCUCCAGCUCCAAGUCGCAAAGCUCCAGCCAGGGUGGCGACGAUUGACUUUCUAAACAUAGGUCCAACAAGAUGGCCGACAUCGAUGGUUUACAAGAUGAGCUAACAUAAGAAGAUACAGCAAGUUUAUUAGCCCAUUUACAGCGUUGAGCUCGUCAGCAUUGUCAUUUUCAUAUAAUAAAACAAAUGUUAUUUAUGUAUUUACCACAUGUAAAAAUAUAUCACAUGUGAAAAUACAUCACAUAUGGUAAAUACAUAUACUGGCGAGGCAUCUUUAUUCCAGUCGUUUACCAAAUAAAACUAACAUUUCCGUACAGUUUUCAAA